UUUCACCAAGAGUUUCGUUUACUCAUUACACCGAAACUAUGCCGCAUACAGGGCAAUCCCUGUACUAUCCUGCCUGGCUAGACGCGGCUCUUAACUCUAUUACCUACUGUAAUUCCAGGUUUACGUUGUGCAAUAUCCGCUUGCUAACAUGUCUCAGCUAUAGCUUUGCCUCUCUUACUCCUAGUUACUUAUAUCAUGUUCCAACGUCAACUUCAUAUUCCAGAGGCUCAAUAGUCUCAAAAAUCUACUUCUAUUUGAAGACUUUGACCAACUGACUCGGAUAGUAAGAAGAUACAAUGAAAACGAUCGUAAAAUUAUCUGCGGCCCAUCCCGGUGGUGUAGGCUAGUCAGCAUACCGGCGCCUACCAACUUGUCACGCUACUAGCGAGAAAAGCCUGCAUCCAGGCGAUCACGCAAUUGGGUCCACACGAAAAUUUCGACCUUUGUCAGUUCGACGUCGCGACAACCAUGCAUGUAUAUAAUGCGUGCUCGUAAGCCUAUAAGGCGUGGGCGCAAUGGCACUCCGGAAGAAGACUAAGAGUUUCUUUCGAGUCCGUUGCGCCCAUAGUGACUCUACUCCUACCUGGUCGAUACGGACCACUUAGUGAUAGCAUAGAGUAGCGACGGGAAUAUUGUCAAGAAAAAGAGAAAAUGGCGAAUUCAGCUUCGGAUCAUACCGAAUCCUCCGAGGAGGUUAUUGCUUCUGCAGCCUCCGCGCCGCUUAAGCACUCCAUCUUUCGAUCCGUCCCCUUCCAGAUCGCCGUCGCAUGUGGCGUCUCCUUCACUGCGCCGGGUAUGUGGGAUGCGCUGGGCGGUCUCGGAGCCGGCGGCGCAGCUGAGCCCUAUGCCGUAUCGGCGGCCAACGCUCUGGUCUACGGUCUCUUUUCCAUCGUCUGCGUGGCGGCCGGCGCGAUCAACAACCGCAUCGGCCUGCGCUACGGCCUCGCUCUCGGUGCGAUCGGCUACCCGCUCUACGGCGCCGGGUUAUACACCAACAACGUCAACGCAACCACCUGGUUCAUGCUGUUCGGAAGCGCGCUUUGCGGUAUCUCUGCCGGCUUCUUCUGGGCCGCCGAGGCUGCGAUUAUUAUCGGUUAUCCGAGCCCCCAGGACCGCGCGUUUUACCUCGCCGUCUGGCAAACUGCGAAGGCGGCCGGCCCUAUCGUCGGAGGUGCUAUCAACCUCGGUCUCAACGCGAAUCGCUCGACUUCCGGUUCCGUGGGCUCUGCCACGUACAUUGUGUUCAUUGUGAUUAUGUGCUUGGGGCUACCAAUUGCUCUCUGCCUUAGCCCUGCGAGCAGGGUGUGGCGACGGGAUGGCACGCUUGUCGUUGUGCGCAAGGAGCCGACAUGGCGCGCUGAAUUUCGCGCUGUAGGAUCCCUAUUGGUUUCUCGGCGCGUACUGUUACUACUACCCGCGUUCUUCAUCAGCUACUUCUAUAAUGGCUUCGUCAGCACGUGGUUGACCAAGUACUUCACGGUUCGCUCGCGCGCCUUUUCGUCUUUCUUCACCAAUUUCGCCGGUAUCUUCAGCUCUUUCUUAGUCGCCGCCCUGCUCGACCGCCAACGCAUCCACAUCCGGACGCGGGGCCGCAUGGCUUUCAUCGCUAUCGUCACCAUACUCAUCGGUACCUGGAUCUGGGCUAUUAUUCUACAGAAGCGGUUUUACGAUGCGCCUGAAGCUCCCGUGUUUGAUUGGUUUAAGGGCGGUUUUGGUUCGGCGUACGCGCUCGUGUUCUUCUGGACUUUCGCGGGCCAGGCUUUCCAGCAGUUCCUCUAUUGGCUUGUAGGCCAGUACGCAACGGAUCUGUCGUCGCUGUCUCAUCACACCGGUAUCUUGCGAGGCGUGGAGGCGUUAGGACAGACGGUAGCCUGGGCUAUGCAAUCUGAAGGUGGCGCCAACCACUUCGUCAGUAUCGGGCUUAACUUCGGCAUCACCGUCCUCUGCAUCCCGUUCACCUGGAUCGUGCUCUCGGAGCUCGACCACAGCCACGAAGUCAAGGUGACGGAAGCCCAGGUCACGACAGAAAACGCGCUUAAUAAACGGGACGAUGUCGAUGCCGCUGCUGUUUAAUAUUUCGUGCUUAUGGGCGUGUAUGAUACGACUUUUUGGGUUUACUAAAGUGUUCGGACAUAUGUAUUGGGUGUGCCAUAUAUCACGAUAAUAGACGGGAUUGGGAGCUUUGGAUGAUACCCUAAGUACUGAAUAGACGAUUGAUUGGCGAUAUACGAGGUUCAAAGGCGGGCUGGUAGGGACCUAUGCAGCAAGCCACUUGAUUGUUGCAUGCGCACUACUAAAGACCUAACCUACAGGGAGCUAGCAUGCACCUGGAGGCGCUUAAUAAGUUAGGGCUCUAACAGAGAGCGCUAGAUUUCGGAACUUUCCUGCUAGAACAGUUGCGACUCGCGGACGGUAUAUUCGUCAUUUCUCCUAUUCUUAUGGCUAGGCGACUAAAUGGCAUAUACUUUCUUUUUGCUUCGGUUCGAUCUCAAUUGUGCCGAAAGCGCGAAAAAAUUGAAUCAGAUCAUUCUGUGUUAAGAUGGUACCACGUGUGACGGUUUAGCGACAAAAGUCUUAGUUGAUAUGCGACUUGGAGUGU